GUUAAAAGUAGUAAAAGCAUCUCCUUCUCUACAAGAAUGGCUGGAAGCUAACCAGGAAGGCGACUCAGAGAUGAUCAUAAAAAGCUUGCCUUCAUACAAUGAACGAGGCAUUACGAAGAUGCUUCUCCAACUAGACACCUCUGAAGGAUUCUCUUUCUAUAAAAAGCUAAUCAAUGCAUUUAUCAGUCACAAAUGGAUUCUUCCAGAGUCGAUGAUUCUUCAGAUUGUAGGAAUAGAUGAAACCAAUCUUGAGAAGGUAUGAGCAUUGCUAUCAUGACAUUUGCCUGAAGUUCUGGAGAAGCUUGAUUUAACUUGUCGAGAAGACUCCCCUCAAUCCUUUCGAUGUAUUCUUAAGACGUUGGAUAGCCCUAAAUACCUUAGAAUCAAAUCUGUGAAAUUAGGAGGCUUCACGUUUAGCGCUAGGAGGUAUGAAGACUCAACUGAAGGAGAGAACCUUGCUAGAGAUACUAUCCAGUUCUUCGGAAGUAUUUCAGAGAGACUUGAGUUCUCUGACUGUGUUUUCCAAUGAGAAGAUUUCAAGCUGAGGGAAAAUAUUGAAUAUAUUGUCAUGGAGAUGGUCUUUACUAGGUGCAGCUUUAUGAAUAAGAGAAAGAAGACAAAGACUUCAAUAUUGACAAUAAUGAAAGCAUUUGAUAAUGGCAAACUUGGUAAAAGUCUGGAAUCGAUAAUAAUCACAGAUGAGACUCUUACUGUAGGAGAGAGUGAUAUAAAGAGAUGCAUUAGCUGGAGAUCAGAUGUUGUGGUUCAUAAAGAUUAUUAGUUGGCAACUUGA